CGUACAUUCGUACCGUACUUCCGGGCAUGCGAGGUGAAGUUUGACCUGAGCCUGAAGUGAAAACAGCACUGAAAGUUCCAUGAAACGUGUCGGUUUGUAGACAAAACUAAUUGUAAGAUCUGAGGGUCGAGUUAUUGAAGUCAAUACUACUUGAAUCGUUAAAUUCACCUCUUAAUUGACAUUCACAGCGGCCUGUGUUGGCCACAAAUGUGCAGUGUCGUUGAUCGUUGGAGUCAGUAACCUGAGUCAGUAAUCAGCGGAACAGCCGACCAGAAAGGGCCUGAACCUUCAGGACAGAGGGGGAGUCAGAGACUGGUACUUCUGAGUAAAGAAAGCUUCGUGGCGUGUCGCGUCGAUCGAAUUUUAGGUGAUCUUUGGUGGUCUUCUCAGCAAUGAUCCUUCAGCGAGUUUUGUAUUCACUUGCCCUGGUGGGAAUAUUUCAUUUGGUCACGGGGAGGCGCUCUUCUACCGGGAGCAGUAAAGUAGAUUCUUCUGAUCCAGCUGAACUGUGGCCUGGACACCUUGAACCGUUAGGAGCAAAGGCUGUCCAAAGAGCUAUACCUGUUAUAGAAGGUUUCCUGUCUCCGAAGACAUUCUAUGUGGACCAUGUCUUGGGAUCAUUGCCAGUGGUCUUCCGGAACGGGGCCAAACUAUCUCCUGCCUUCAAGUCCUGGUCCGACACUAACCUGAGACUCAGACCAGAGGCCGAGACGACCAUCAUUGAUGUGGAGAUAAGGAAGAAAGAGGAUCGGAAGCAGCCUACCCAACGGAUGAAGUUUACGGAGUUCCUGGAGCGGUAUCAGACAGAGGAUGAGUAUAUGGUGGAUACAUUGCCCAAGUUCCUCAGGAAAGAUGUUGUUAUUCCUCCACCUCUGGUUUGUGAUGAAAUACUACAAAGAAUAUCAGAUGUGGUUAUGUGGUUCAGCAGCGGUGGUACCAAGUCUCAUCUUCACAAUGACGAUACAGACAACAUCAACUGCCUAUUCAGUGGUCAGAAAGAUAUCCUCUUCCUUAACUACACACAGUAUCGCCAUCAGUUUCACUUUGAUCAUCCUGAUGGAAGUUAUUCCAGUGUUGAUGUGGACAGCGUAGACAUGAUCAAAUAUCCUGGAUUGAGGAAUGUUGAAUUCUACAAAGCAAAACUAUUUCCAGGUGAUUGCAUCUAUAUUCCUUAUAAAUGGAUUCAUCAGGUGAACUCAAUCGGCCGUAAUAUUGCGGUUAAUGUUUGGUUUGACCAUUCCUGUGAAACUGUCCCUAGUCCAGAGAUCUGUGGACCCACUGACCGGAGGUUGACCAUAGCGGAUGUAGAGCUGGAUGUCGAGAGACCUUUGGGAUUUGAAGAAGACUUUGAAGAGGAUCAACCUUCAGCAGUUGAGAUGUUAAUUGACACUCUGAAAGAUGAGGAGAUACAAUUAUUUACUCAACAAGAUUUUACUGCUCUAUUACAGAAGAAAUUAACAAUGUUAAGUGAUCUGAGAUGGAAUGAAGAGUGCGAUGCCCUCUCAAGAGAAGCAUUUGAAUUAUUGGACUUGACAGAAGAUGGCUUACUCGAUAAAGAGGAUCUUUCAAAACUGCAAGAUACGGAUGAGAUAUUCACUUUCCAGUUGGAAUCCAAACUAUUUAUGCUUUCCGAUAUAGCACAUGAACAGGAAGUACAAGAGAGGCUGAGAAAGAUGGAAAAGACAAAGAAGCCGCCAUUAUCAGACGAUCCAAACGUUUUCGUCCAGCAAGUAGAACCUCUCAAUCUAGAUGACAUAGAUUGGGGAGACGAUGGAAAGAAAGAUGGAAAGAAAAUGGAUGAAAAGAAAACAGGUCAAACAAGGGAAGACAAGAAAGCAGAAGAUAUACGGAAGGAGGAAGAGUUGACCGAUCAUGGAGUCGAUAAUCCAGAAGAUAUUGAUGAUGAUUCAGGCGUGAGUGUGAAAGUUGAACUUUAGAUAUGGACAUUGUUAAAGACCUGCUGAUGUAUGGUAUCUGGAUGGAACCAAAUCAAAAGGAAUAAAAUUCCAAAUAUUGUCAUUCACAUACAAAAUCAUGAGGCUAUCCAGAAAGGUCUGCAAUACUUACCAACAACUAAAGCAUUACAAGCCAAGAGGGUUUCUCAAUGAAUAUCCCACUUCCUAAAAUAGAAAUACAUGUCUGAUUCUAAGCAUCCAUACUAUUAUCGUAAAUAUCUUUUCAUUUGUUAUUCAAGCCUGAACAAAGGAAUAUUGGUGUAUAUGUACAGAUCUGAAAUAAAAUGUGCAUUGUAUACUAAUUGCCACUAGUUUAGUUGAGAGUAGGGAUUUUUUGGAUGUGCAUGUUGACAAAAUAGACUGCUACAUAUACAUCUCAAGGCAUUGCACAUGUGCCAUGUUGUCUCACUUGUUCAUUUUCACAAUCAGGACAAUAAAAAUUGUGAUUCUUACAUUGUCCCAAAUGUAGGACAAGGUGCACUUGGAUCAUUGGUAAAGGUUCAAGUGGCUCAUGAACAGCUUUAUAAAAAAAUCUUGCGGGUGUAUGUUUCAUAAAGCUUUCAUAAGCUACAAGCCACUUAAAUAGGGACUGGUGACCAUUUCUGAGGAGAUAAAUCAACACCAAAAUUGGUGUAUAUUGGUGGGAAUGUGGUGGUCUAGUGGUUAAGACUCGCAUCAUUCAAUCUGAGGGACAUGGGUUUGAUUCCCAGCCAUGGCAUUUUUUCU